GCUGCAAGGAGUGGCGGAGGAGGAGAGCGGGUGCACGAGCGACGGCUGAAAGUGCAUGAGUGUGCCGAGGAGAGCAGGUUGAUGUGCGAGUGUGAGCGAGGGGAAGAUCCAAGAGACAGGGGGAGAACUCAAAACAAGGGAGCUCAUCUUUUAUCCAGCAUCUUUAAGAAGCUGAGCCAGACACACAGAAAACAUGGCCAAUAUCACAACCACUGCCCACCCAAGUAGUCUCCCUGAGGCCGUCCCUCUGUCCCGCGUCUCCUUACAGGUCCAAGAGGUCUACCCCUUCCAUGAUGGCUGGAACAUUGCCUGUUUCAUCAUCCUUCUUCUUUUCAUCCUCACUGUCCUCUCCCUGGCUGCCUUGGCUGUGCUCUAUGAGCUACUUGACUGUGGGUGCUGCACUAAGGGGAAAACACACCACCAGCUACAAGAGGAAGGCCCAGGGAGCUGCAGCAAGCUCAUGACCAACAUCUGCAAGGAACCAGAGUCCCACACCGAAGUGGUAUAGAGGCAACAGAGAUGGGCAAAGAUGAAUUUUGGGUCUCACUGGGAAAAAAACAACUGAAACUCUCAGACAGUAAGGAGUAAGGUAACAAUAAAUAAUGAGACCUUGAUUUUGGUUCUUUUUUUUUAUUAUUUCAAACUGAUUUUUUUUUCUCUCCACCUAAUUUAAGAGUGUCUCUGAGAAAUUGAAAGCAGGAGAGCUGACAAUUUUGCCUAAAACACUUCUUUCAAAAUAAUAAAAAGAAAAACCGCUUAUUUGGUGGAUAAUUUUUCCAACUCAAAGGAACCAUCUGGUUGCAUGCCAAAAUGAAGGUGAUGUUAAUCAUCAUCACUGCUUUGGAAAGCAAGUGUGUUUCCCCGCCCCAUGUUACACAUUACCUGCUCGACAGCCACGUCAAUAUAAAUAGCACUGCUUCUUUAGCUCAACACAAGCUUGGUAGCUGAACUGUCAUUUACUUUAUUGUAUCAUUCCAUAUGCCUUACCAAAAACUGCCUAACUCUCACUAAAGGAUGUGGGCUUUCUGAAUCACUAUUUAAAAACUGACUGUUGCUUGGCAUGUAAAUUGCGUGGGAUUAUUUUGUUGGAGAAGUGUGUGUGUGUAAAUAAAAGGCUUCAAUACUACAAUUUGUAAGGUUUCCAAUGGAAAGCUCCCAUUCCUGUUGUAAAAAAAACAAUACAAGCUUUCUAAAGCUUGCUGAGCCAAUCUGUCUGCGACUCGUAUAUUAAGAGAUCAUUUACAACACAGUCUGUCAGAGCGUGUUAUUGAAAUGUAAUGUCAAAGUCAUUUUUCUUGUAAUAAAGUCCCACUUCACAGAAAA